AUGACGGGCAGCAUGACGUAUGGCAAGUUUGAGCAUUGGAGCGGCAUCAGCACGAUCUUCCGGUGGGCUGGCUACAAGGACCCAGAGAUGUUUCGGCAAGCCCAGACUAUUCUACUUGAGAUGGGUCACUUCUUCCAAGUGCAGGAUGACUUCCUGGACUGUUUUGGAAACAACGAGACAACUGGCAAGUCUGGAGCGGGAGACAUCUCCAACGGCAAAUGCACCUGGCUGGCUGUGGUUGCAUUGCAGCGAGUUUCAUCUGCACAGAGAGCAGUCUUCGAGGAAUGUUUUGGGCACAACGACCUUGAGAAGGUGGCCACCAUCAAGAGGCUGUACGAGGAGCUGGGACUGCGGGCGACCUUCGCAAUCUACGAGGAGGAGACCUACAACCGCAUCUCGACACACAUCCAGCAGAUGUCCCGGGGCUUGCCGCACAGGAUAUUCUUCAAGUUCCUCGACAGGAUAUACAGGCGGGAGCGCUGAACACCUCCAAGCUGCCCCCCGCCUUCCCUUCUUUUAUAAGGAUAACACUUCUCACUGGUGGUCUGUAGGGCUAUGUUGUGAAUCACAUCUAGACUUGUUUGUGUACUUACAGAUUUAACAACAAGUGCUGACAUAGUACAACUUCCUUAUAAUAAUGAACUGCAAAAAAUAAAAUAAGUGAUAGAUUGUGUAAGCAGACAGAAACACAAAUCAAUGCUGUUACAAAUUAAAAAAUAAACAACAGUUGUGAAACAAGGUUUGUAAUAUGGCAGUUUCUGAACGCAUGUCAUAAUUAUUAAAAGGAAGGAAACUGGAGAAAAUGUGCAAACAUAUUAAAAUUGAUUAAGAAAUGUUUAAACUCAAAAUAAUUGGAGAACAACAUAAAUUUAAUAUAAAAAAAAGCCACCAACAAAUGUGACUAAUGAAAGACUAUGCCUAUGCAUCUUAAAUAUACGAAGGAAAAUAAAAACAUAAAUAUUAACUUGUUUAAAACCUCAGUCUAAAAUCAUAUUGACUUUUCAGAAAUUAAAAAAUUUUGAAUUAUUGUUUAAAUUGUCUAUCUUAAAUAAAAUACAAAAUUGAGUUAAUAAGACUGUAGGUGAAUGAAAAUGUUGGCUGCCAUGUAUAAAACUACUUUCAUACUUUCAGCUCGUGUGACCUCCUGCUGCAUGCCAGCGAGUUGUUAUUCUUGUAACUAUUGCACGAAGCUGUGACAUUAUCACACACUCAGUGUGGAACUAAUCCAACCAUUUUCCACCAAAUAAAAUCUUGCCUAGUGACUGCCCUCUUGUUAUGUAAGAGUAUGGAAUAAUGUAUUGGUUUGUUUGUUUGUUUGUUUGUUUGUUUGUAGCAGCGCAAAGUGAUGUUAGUAUAGGGUAGUUUCAGAAGUUUUCUGAUUUAUAAACAAUCUGAGGCUAUUUUGUUCUAGCCUUCUUAUGUUCAAGAUGGUUCUAUUUGCAAGUUAGUCUUAUAUACUUAAAUAUAUAAUAAUGCAAGUUCAUCAUAAACUAAAAAUUAAUGUUAGUAUGUAAUUUUAAUUUUAAAUUCGUAUGAAGAAAUAAAGAAUCAACUUUACACAUCAAAAGUGUGUUUACAUAUUUCAUAUAAAUAAGUAGCAUUUACUUGGCACUUAAAUAUUUGGUACCUAACAUAUUAUAGUACACAUAAUAUUAUUUUUUUGACGUGAUGUCUUAUAAAUCGAUGAACGCCGGCUGCAUGCACGAAAAAUUGUCAUGUUCCACCUGAGCCGAGCGUGCAAGAAUCUGCCAACCACCGUGCGAGAAAAUCUUCUAUAAUAUCAAACAGGUUAAGGCGGGUUUUUUAACUAAUUGUUCGUGAUUAUAUUAUAUGAUGUCAAAGAAGUAUAACUUCUCACGCGCAUACAUAAGUACACGCACCCAUUUUUUUUUAAAUAUAAUUUCUAUUUUCAAAUACUCAUUGUAGUUAUACACAUAGGUAAUGAAAAAAAUAGUGUUUGUAGCAUUCAUUGGUUGGUUAGUUCUCUUCACCAUUGAAAUGAGAUGCAGGCAGUAGCGUUUGGGAAGAUGAAACUACAUGUGAGCGUGGCUUACAGGCUCUCUGUGAUUCGGACGGCAUAUCCACCAGGGGCAGCAAACUGGAAAUUGUAAUUCACCAACAAGAAAAAGUGUGACCAACAUGAGACUUGAGUGAGUUUUCCAGGACUUCCAUGACUGGUAGAAACCCUGUAAUCACAUCAUAGUUUUGCUGGGUGUAAGCUCCAGGAGAAAACCCAGGUUCCACGCGAGCGGCUGAUGUAGAGCGACUGACGUAUAAUAGUUAGGCUUGGCCACACGUAUUGAAACAGGACUCUUCAAGACAAGCCACAAAUGAAAUGUUACAUCAUUAUGUAAGCUGUGGCCAUUGCAUCAGUAUUGUAACUUACCUUUUUGAAGUUAUUUGAACUUAAAUUAACAUGAAGUGUUUUGUCACUUAAAGUCGAAGUAUCAUUUUAAAAUAAUUUAUUACUUUUCAGAAUACUUAAGGCUAUGAUCACGAUGUACGUAGUCAAUUGAUUGAACGUCAAUGGGGCAAUGUUAAUAAUAAAUGAUUUUGGCACAAUGUUUUAUAAUGAAUGUUACUGUAGUUAUAUGAACAUUGCUCAGUAAAUAUUAUUACCUAACUGUAGCUGCUGGAAAAUGAAAUAAGCUGUAUUUUUCUCUUAAGACUAUCUUUUUCAUAACUGGCUUUAAUCUGAGUAUCUAGGAUCAAGUGUACUCCUGUAUCUUGUAUCGCAUAAUCCAUAUGGCUCUGGUGAUAAAUUUGUCCAUCAAAGUCUUUCAUCAUGUGAAAUAUUGUGUUCAUACAGAUCAUGUGUGGUCAGUUGAGUGUCACCAUGCCUUUUCUUGUCUGGGCUUCCAUCUCGACCAGUAUAUUCUGUACUUCACAUAAUUUUGAUAGGCAUUGUGAUAGUGUUCAACGAAUCAAUAUGUAAAUCCUCCCAGUUGAAUAGAAUCAUCAGGUGAUGAUUAGUUGCUGGUUGUGUGUUAGGUUGGCUGCAAUAUGAAAAAAAGGGCCAAAAAUCCACAUCUAUAACUUUAGAUCAUUUAGAAAAAUUAAGUCAUUUCUUGUUUUAUAGAUUUUUUUAAAGUUAUCUUUACUAACCAAAAAAUGUUGAGUAUAGAACUUGUAGCUAAAGAGCUACAUGUCUGUUUGACAAACACCACCAUGUGAUUGUAGAGGAUAAAUGUACAACCAUAAUGUAAUGACAAAUAGUCUAUUUAUAGGUACUGUUUACAAUACUUAAGAAUUUUGUACACAAUAUUCAACACUGUUGUAGCUCAGCCAAAUUUAUCCGGUUGAUGAUAAAGUUACAGUAGAACCCCGAUUUAACGAAGUGCUAUGGUUACCGAAAAUGUUUACUCUAAGUCGAUGUUUCAUUAAAUCCGAUUUACCGAUUUUCAAUGACCCCCGCACUCAUAAUCGCGUCCCUACGUUUCCAUAUCUUAGACAGGGUCGACACAGAUAUCUUGUGCUGCCGUGCUUUCUCAGACUUUGUCAACUUUCCAUCUUCAACGUUUUUGAUCUCGCUCGUACGGCCCCCGGUUCGUACGUACACCUCGGUCAUACAUACAGAUUUUCAGAAACCGUGAAAAAUGAGGCAUAAAAUAAAAAAGUGUAAGAAAUACGUUAAAGUUUAUUAAAAUACAGUCGCAACCUGCAGCGUUUAUAACAAAUACAAGCUACAUACACAUUGCGUCACAGUAAAAAAAAUUAAAAAAAAUGGCCGCAAACUGAAAUUUACUGUCAAUAGCGCGCCGUACGCGGAGAAAGGUCAUUGUACUUGGUCAGCUGCUGUUAUGGCGCGGUGUAGCCGCCGGCUGGCUCUCUUUGUUCGCUGAGCUGCGCAUGCGCAGUAUAACUCACUCUACGUUCCGCCUAGACUCAUGACCUUCCAUCAGCAGCCAGCCAAUAGACGUGAGCUUAGCGGAAAAAAAUAAAAGCUCCACCGCCCCUGUUCCAGUUUUGUCCAGUUCUAAUACCACUUUAUUGGUAUAUGCACCAGUUUUCUCGCUGCCUUGAAAUGUUCAAAUUUACGUUCAUCUUGAUGUCUUGAUACCAAUGAUUAAUUAUUUACAAUCCCCAGAAAGAAAUGGUUAGUAAAUAAAGUCAUGUACCAAUAAAAAAGCUAAGCAGGUAGUGUAGUCAAUUCCAAUCGCAAUCUGUAGUAAAAAUCGAAGAAGAAAAGCAAAAAAUUGAAGUCCGAACAGCACUUAUAAAAAACGUAUUCCAAAAACUAAACACCGCGCACAAAGCUCUUACUGAGAAUAACAGAGCUGUAGCAAACCGUAUGUAUUCGGUACUGAGUAACGGAUGCGCCAUCUAGUAACAAGUAACGAAACGUUACACACUGCUGCAUCUCGUUACUCGCAUUUUUCGUAUGUUUUACGCAUGCGCGCACAUAUUCGAUGAAUUUGCGUUACAAAGAACUAUGUUUAUUAAGUAAAGUAUAAUUUGGAAAUUCGUCGUUCAAGUUUUUUUACUGUUUAUUAAAGGUAGGUAUUGUGUGUGUAGACAAAGUUUGAGAUUGGAACAGAAACAACGUAAGAAAGUAUUGUUUACAAAUUAGAAAUAUGUAUGUUUUUGUUUUUUAUUAUCGCCUAUUUUCACGUUUUUUUGUUCUUAUCUUAAAAGAGAUAAUAUAAAAAACCGCUCUAUUGAGAUUUAAUUGUUUCUUGGUUAACAAAAACUGUUAAUUAUCAAAUAUUGUUAAUUGUUUGUAUUCUAUUUAUUAUUAUUUACGCGACAUCAUACUGUACGCGUACGCAAUACGACUCGAUUCGUUGCUGCAACAUAACCAGGGGCGUAGCCAGGGGGGGUUUUUAGGGGUUAAACCCCCCCCCCCCCCCCUUAGCCCCAAAUCUUUAAUUAAUUUCUUAUUCAUCACUCAAACAAAUUUCAUAUUAAAAUUAAUAAAAAUUUUACCAUUACAAUAUUUAAAUUUAAGUACCGAAAACUGCUAAAAAGCACUAUUUUACACCUUAAAAUCCCACUAUUUUACACCUUAAAAUCCAAUUUUCCUGGGGGAGGACCCCCGGAAUCCCCCCCCCGCUUUAAUACGGCACAAAUCCUGGCUAUGCCACUGAACAUAACAUAGCAUGUUAUGCGGUAUCAGGAGUAACGAUACGAUAGAAACGAGUACUAAUUGUUAUAGUAACGAAUACAUACGGGUACGCUUUUUUUUCGUUACUUUUAACCUCUAGCAGAAUAAUGAUAAUGGCGUAUUGGUGUGACGUGGUCACAAGUUGAAAAAACCUGGAGGAUGGGAAAGGAAAUAUUUAUAAACGUGUGAUUAUUGGCUAUCACUGUUACUAUGCGAGCGUGAUUGGAAGAUAACGUGGUGAGUCAAGCCACGGAUUGGCGAGGGGGAGGGAGAUGCGGACAAAGAAACCCUUCUUGACGUCUUGUGUCGCCGACAGUCUAUCUAUCCAGGCGCGCGCAAUGGCACGCACCUACACAAUUCAGUUACAGCGCCCGGAGUUUUUAAGCAAUUUGAACAAUUUUUUUUAAUUUUUUCGUAUUGGGGCAGAUGAUGCAAAGGCACAUAUUAAUAUAUAGUACCUCCAUUCUAUUACUGACACCACAGAGUGUAUUUUUCAAUUAGAUUCCAUUACAAUUUACUACUUUCAUUUUUUGGAAAUCUAUAUUAUUAUUUUAAUAAAUUGGUGGUUUUUUUAUGGUUCCUGAAAACCUUUACGUUAAAUCGCUGUUUUCGUUAAAUAGGGGUUCUACUGUAUGUUUAAAACACCUAUACUGUAUGAAGUGGUGCUGUUAUGCAUAAACAGCAUGUUACAGUAGUAAAGUAUUAAUUAUAGUUACAGUUUGCCUCAGCAGAUGGCAAUGCUUAAUAAAUAUUUUUUUUAUUGCAUUAACAGCCAUUAUGGAAUGAUGCAUUGUUAUAACUGGAUGAAAUUAAUUUGCAUCAUAUGGCAAUUGGGUUUGAAUAACAGGAGCUCCCGGAGAAAAGCUGAAACUUGUUCCAAACUCCCACAGUUGUUUGUAUUAAAAUUGCACAGGUAAACAGUUAGCACUUGGCUUUUGGUGUGCAUUGGGCUUGUUAAAGUAGCAGAACAUUAACAACAGUUCUCAUUGUUAAAAAAUAAUAACUGUGCAUAUACAUAAUAAUUUGUUCGUAUUUUUGGAUUAUACGGAUUAUAGGCAAAACAGUAUGGUGCUGGCUAUAGCUACUAAACCAAUUACAACUUGUAACCCUAGUUCAAUAAUAUGUUUUUAAUGACAGGUGUGUGUGUGUGUAAUGAUUUUGUACUCACUACAAUAAAUUUUUUUUAAGUCUUUGUA